AUGACUGAAGAAGUGUAUGAGCUUCCUUUCGAUGUUAUCCUUGAGAUUUUGACUUGGUUGCCAGUAAAUUCUCUACUAAGAUUUAAGUGUGUCUGCAAGCAAUGGUGUUCCUUGAUCAAGGAAGAUCGCAAGUUCAUCACAAAAUAUAUGGAUCGGGCUACUCCUCUCCAACUUACUCAUCUGCAUAAAUGCGGAGAUUUCUACAAAGUGGACUAUGGCUAUGGCUUAUAUCUGGAAAAAAGUGAUGAUUUUGGCUGUCGUAUCAGAAAUCCUGCAACCCAACAAGUACUUUACUUACCCUAUGCAGAUGAGGAUAUUGUCCUACUACGUUUUUAUUAUGAUUCAGUCACCGAUGAGCGUAAAGUGCUACGUCGUCGCAAUUCAGAUAAUGUUUUAUCAUAUACAUUUGAAAUUAUAACAAUUGGAAAGGAUGACCAAUGGAGACCCCUAUAUAAUAUUGGCAAAUCACCAAGGUCUGUACAUUUUUAUGGAGCAGAUGAGGGUUCAGAUUGGUUAUAUAACGACUUUAAUACUGUACCCCCAGAAAUUCAUUCUUGUGAUACGAGGAGGGAAUGUAUCACGACUAAUGCUGUACCCCCAGGAGCUUUUACAGAUUUGACAAAAGUAUCGGUUCUCCUUUGGAACGAUCGUCUCGCUGUUGGUGAUAUAGCAAAUGAAGCCCUAAAUGUCUUGGUGUUAGAGGACUUCAAGGAGCACAAAUGGAGCAAAAACAAGAUCGUUGGUCCCUUGAAAUUUUUGAAGGAUGACCCUCUUUUCCAGAAGAAUUGGAGUAUUCCUUGGUCAUUUGAUUCUGAGAAACUCAUGUUCCUUAUGAGGGUGAAUGGAUCAUUAAGGCGCAUUUUUUAUGACACGAGAAGGGAGAUAAUUAUGAAGAUCAAAGAUGAACGAAUGGAGCCUGGGAUGGAACAUAUGGAAUUCUAUAGGCCAAGCCUAGUGACUGUUAAGGGAAUGAUACCUGAAAAUGCUGGAUCGAUAGCUAGUAACAUCAGUUAA